AGCAAUACAAGGGCUCUGAUCAAUGUGCUCAAAGCAUACGUUGGUUCUGGGGUGCUGGGCCUGCCGUACGCCUAUUCUCAGGGAGGCAUGAUGGCUGCUUUCACUGGGAUGACGUUGAUCUCCAUUCUUUCAACCAUUUGUGUUUUUAUGUUAUUAAGCUGUAAAAAGAAGUUGGGGGGGCGAACUCGUUCAUUCGGGGACGUGGGAUAUGCGGCCUGCGGCAGGACUGGACACGUGCUGGUUGAAUUCUGCGUUGUCUUGUCACAGAUGGGUUUCUGCUGCGCAUAUCUGAUCUUCGUCGGGGAGAACAUGUACAAGUAUGUGAAACCAUAUGUGGUGAAGGAGGACAAUGUAAUUUGGGCGAUCGUCCCUGGAAUUUCUCUGCUGUGCUGGAUCCCUUCGUUGGAUAUUUUGGCACCGUUCAGUUUGUUUGCAGUGCUGUUGAUCUUCAGCGGGCUCAUUACAGUUGCAUGGAACUCGAUGCCUUUGUUUGGAACCGGCCCAGAUGUACAAGAAUACAUUCCCUCCACUAUGCCGAUAUUUGUUGGGAUGGCGAUUUACGCGUUUGAAGGCAUCGGCUUGGCGAUUCCCAUCGAGAAUUCGAUGAAACAUCCCGAGUCUUUCCCCUUCGUCUGGGUGCUUGGAAUGGUCAUAGUGACUAUCACUUAUAUCACAUUUGGGGCUUUUUGCUACUCUUGCUACGGAGAUGAAGUCCCUUCAAUCAUAACGAUGGUCCUCCCCGACGACUUGGUGUCGUUCUUGGUCAAGCUUGGGCUCUGCAUUGCCCUGCUCUUCACCUAUCCCAUCGCCAUCUAUCCCGUCUUCGAAAUAGUUGAGGAGGGAUGGUGCUGGAGGUUCUUGAGGGCUCCUCCUCCUGAGGUUCUCCCGGGGCAUCACGCGGUCUCGUUACAGGAAGGAGUAUCUGAAAAUUCUUUCCUAUGGAAACGAAGGCUGACAAGAGUCGUCCUCGUCAUGAUCACGGCGACAGCAGCUGUUGUUAUCCCAGACUUCUCGAUCGUAAUGGCGUUCAUCGGAUCGGUCCCCUCCAACAUCAUGGCGUUCGUCCUCCCGACCCUCUUCCACAUCUUCGUCUUCUGGAAGUCCAUGGGCUUCUGGGGCAGGUUGUUCGAUGUCACGCUCUUCUCGUGCGGGAUCUGCGCUGUUGUCAUCUGCACCUGGACUUCCAUGUUCGGAGUGAACAAGCCCGUCGGCCUGCCGCGGUAACUUUCAGCUGGACUGCCAUGAUUUGUGCUAGCCGCGAAGUAGCCACUCUACCUCUAGUAGAUCAUAGUACAACUUUGAAAGCAUC